GCUCCGCUGUAGAGACCUGACAGACGCGGGAGUUGGUCUCGUGGGCAGAAUAAACACAGUGCAGGUCACGUGUUGUUGUACGCUAACGGUAUAUCAUUAACAAUAAUUAAGAGAGCUUCCCACGGAGUUUGACCCGCCGGGUGGAUUCCGCACAGGACAUUAUUUGAAUCGCGGAGGCUCGUCCCAGAGAAGACAGCGCGGGCACGCUUUUGUGGUUCAUGGAAUAAAAGACAACAGGACAGAAGGACCAGUGAGUUAACCAGUGCCAGAGAAAGAUGCGCGCAUCACCUGGGGGACGGUUUGUUUUCGGCUGAUGCAGCGUGUGCAGCGUGGCUCACAUCAGCGCCGUUACGCGCACAGAUCCCCGGUCACCUGUUGAAGUUGCCCGACGCGCGGUGAGCUGUUGCACGCGUUGCUUUCAAACGGGAGAAUCGACUCGAGAGGGCGCCUAACCAAAUGCCUGACCCGUCCUCCGGUCUGUAUGAUGCACUGUCUCCUCGUUAUGUUGCAGGAUGAGCGCUGAUCUGGAGCGCGCGUCGCUCAACACACCCCUGAACUCGGGGGGCUCAGGCGGCCGUGCGCUCUCGGCGAACGUCCGGAGGCUCCACAACGCUCUCAACCUGCUGCUCAGCGACGUGGAGCGGGAGCACUUCAUCCACUGCCUCAAUGUGUACCACGCCAAGCGCAACGUCUUCGACCUGGUCCAAACUCUCAAAGUGAUUCUCAGCACGCCCGGCAAACGACAGCUGCUGCCCAUGCUGCGCCUGGUCAUCCCGCGGUCCGACCAGCUGCUGUUCGACCAGUACACGUCCGAGGGACUCUACCUGAAGACAGACCUGCUCCCCAGCAACGGCAGCGCGGAGAGCUUUGGGGACGAGGGUGACUCGGCUCUGCAAAACUAUGUCACUUCCAUCCAGGAGCAGCCCCUCACCUUGGGCUGCCCGGACGGGUUCAGCGCCGCGGCGGAGCUGUCGGCUUCCAUGGCCCCGCAGUUCCUCGAGGGCACCUUUGGAGAUGUGCGCAAAGUGACCCUGACGCGCUCCCGGAGCCACGAGGGCCUGGGCUUUAGCAUCCGCGGGGGGUCGGAGCACGGCGUGGGGAUCUACGUGUCCCUCGUGGAGCCUGGCUCAUCGGCCGAGAGAGAAGGACUGAGGAUCGGGGACCAGAUCGUGACCGUGAACGACAUGAUGUUCAGCAAUGUCUCUCACGUAGACGCGGUGAAGGUGCUGAAGGGAUGCAAGCAGCUUGCGAUGUCAGUGUGUUCUAUGGGUCGGAUUCCUGGAGGCUACAUCACCAACCAUGUGUACAGUUGGGUGGACCCUCAGGGCCGGAGUGUCUCCCCACCGCCCGACAGCCACGAGAUAAACCAGAGGCAAGGACCCGGUACGGAGGAGAGGACGGUAAACCUGAAUAUGGACGACGGUCGCUCUUUGGGCCUGAUGAUCAGGGGCGGUGCUGAGUAUGGCUUGGGGAUCUACAUCACUGGAGUGGACCCUGGAUCUGCUGCGGACAUCGGUGCACUAAAGGUGGGGGACCAGAUUCUGGAAGUGAACGGUCAGAGCUUUGUCACCAUCUGCCACGAUGAGGCCGUUCACAUCCUCAAAACAGGACGCCACCUGCUGAUGAAGGUGAGGGAUGUUGGUCGUCUGCCCCACGCACGCACAGUGGUGGACGAGACCAAGUGGAUCUGUAGCCAGGGCAUAGCUGAGACCAACGCCACGGCUAACCCGAGUCCUGUCGCCAACCCCACUGUCAAUGCUGGUGUCCACACUAGUGUCAGUGCCACCACCAGCAGUUCAAGACCAUCAUCAGCCAGAUCUUCACAUCUAAUAGCAAAGCCUGCAGUAUACAGAGGUGUGGGUCCGCCAGGUGUCCAGGUGUCUUUGGAGCAGCAGGCCUACAUGCUGCUGACAGAACCAGAGAGGAAGACCAUGGUCUACUACUUGCAGGAGUACCAGGAGGGACACAUAGGAGUGGAGCCACUGACCAUGGCUCUGUUUGAGCUCUUCAACACACAUGCAAAGCUGUCCAUGCUGUCUGAGGUGAGGAGCCUGGUGUCUCCCCAGGAUCUGGAGUUCUAUGACAGACUGGUGCUGCACCGCGAGAGGGAAGCCCACCAGGCCUGGCACGGAGGCCUGGGAGUGCUGCACCCACCGUCCCACUGCAACCACGCAGCUCCUGUGAUCCAUGAUGCAGUACACACUGUCCCAGCUACGGAUGAAGUGCAGGUUACAAGUCAAUCUCCUCCACCCUUCCGAGUUGCUCCUCUCCAGGCCCAGAGCAGGUCACCUAGGGCGAUGGAUCUCGGCCGGAAGCCUUCGGCCCGGCUGAUGCAGCCUGGCUCCAGCCUGCUCUUCUCCGGCCCCACCCAGCUGCUGCAGGGCUGCCUCCACAAGUCGCUCAAAUCCCUCCCCACCACCCACCAGCCCUCCCCAACCUUGGCAGACCACACAGGCACAGGAGCCAGCCACCACACCUCUCUCAAUGCCCUCCAUCAUACCUGCCAGACUUUCUUCCAGCUCUCCGACUCCGAACACCACAACCACCCGCACUUCGCUCAUCACUUCCACCAACAUCCUGUCCACCACAAUAGGCCUAGUUCCGGACACCACACCUGCCCAGGCUUCCUCAACCACCGGGGCUCCUCCGGCUCUGCUAAACCACAGGGAUCUGUCAAGUUCCCCUCCAGAUCCAGCUCCUAUGAGAAGUCCUCCAUCUUGUCAAAGUCGGCUUCCUCUUCAAAAGCAGCCUCUCCCAUGCCAUCGCCUCAUCUGUCCCCCCAUCCCUCGCCGUGUCCCUCCCCCUGCCCUUCUCUGAUCACACCUGCUCCUCCACCCUGUAGUCCAGACCUGCACUGCUCCCCUGCCCUCACUCAUAAAGUCAUCGUUACAGACACAAACCGGCUGUCUGCAGACUCCAGACCACAGCAAAGAGGGGCGACUCUGUCCCAGCUGUCAGACAGUGGCCAGACUCUGAGUGAGGACAGCGGGGUGGAUAUUGCUGAAGCAGGAGGUCUCAGUAAAGAUGGAAGCCCUCGACCCAGCAAGAACCAGAAGAACCAUCUGGAACAGCCAGGGGCCCAUGUACCACCUCCAGGGGCCACGAGACAACUGACUGGCUCACCGGUCCCAGCAGCCACCGCUACCCUGGUGCGAGUGGUGAAAAAUAGCAACACCCUUGGCAUCGCUAUCGAGGGGGGAGCCAAUACACGCCAACCUUUGCCACGUAUAGUCACCAUUCAGAAAGGAGGCUCCGCUCAUAACUGCGACCAGCUGAAGGUGGGUCAGGUGAUCCUGGAGGUCAACGGAAUAUCCCUGAGAGGUCGGGAGCACAAGGAGGCUGCCCGCAUCAUCGCAGAGGCCUUCAAGACCAAAGACAUGGAUCACAUUGACUUCCUGGUGGUUGAGCCGGGACUCUAAUAUGAAGACUUUGCACUUUAUGCAUCUUGAUUUAAGAAGACACUGUUUUACCGCUUUGAGGGAGACACAUGAACUCCACAUGAAGUUGUCCUGUACCCAUGGCCCUCAUUUUAAUUUCAGGGAAAGAUGUGUCGGGUAUGCUGCUGAUUGCACUCAACAGAGAUUUGCACAAUUUAAAUUCAGAAAAGGAUAUUACACUAGUAUUUAACAUAAAUGUCCUACCUGGGUCAUUAGCAUUCAAAUCCUGAAUGUUAUUGUAUGUGUCAUCAAGAGGACACUUAGUACUCCCAGGUGGCUUGCCAUAACAAAUAAUAAUGAAAACAGCCAAACACAUUUUAGUCAGUAAAUUAGUUGUAAGUUGGUAUUUUUUAUUCUUCAUACCUUAUCUGUGGAGGCAGAGCUGCUCUCGAGGCAGCUAUGAACUCUGAAAGGAUUAUUUGUUAAUUACAGCAAGAUUCUUGACUCUGUCGUUUACAUGAAAAUAACAUUGUAGUUCCAAGUUAAACACUGAUAUUUAAACAUUAAGUGAGACGCUGAAAAAAACAACCAGGCAGGUUUAAAACAAGCAGUUUAGCCAGAUGAACUAUUACUUAACCUGGAGGUGAAAUCAAAAGUGAUCGCAUUCACAAUUAGAAAAUAAACUAGAGAGCUUUUGAUGAUGGGAUCACAGCAGCUGCGCUGUCAAUGUGGUGACCUUCUAGCAUUAUUACAUGAAUACGUGGCUCGUACCAACUUGGAGCUCGGCCUUCAAUUUGAACUCAGUUAUGCUACUCACAAAUGUUUGUGACUGUAUCUGGCACAGCUGUGACAUCGUUGUGGUGACAAAUUUGUCCACAGACAAACACAGACAGAUACCUGUCAGAGUACUUAAAACUGCCACUUCUGUAUCGUCCCAUAACAGCAGUCUGACCAAAUUUGGUCCUGAUCACACACACACACACACUCAAUGUUAAAACGAUACAAGCCACGCUGUCACCUCUGGUAAUAAUCCCACAUUGCAUUGAAAAAAGAUUGUACAAACAACCACUAUCAGACAAUCAGAUUGUGAAUAAACACCCUCCCUAGUUAAGUAAAUCUAUUUGGCAAAGAAAACAAAGACAAUUUCAGUAAAAUAAUUUCCCCAAACGGUGUUUCCAACAGUUUACAGACUCCCCUCUAAAUUCAACUUUAAUCCUACUUUAUCUACUACAUAUGCCAGCUAUAUUGACGUGCACAUUUUUUUUCCAUUGACCAAUUAUUAGUGACUUUUUGGGUCUUCACGUUUACAUCCAAAUCCGAAUAAUCUGUAGCUAAUCAAGCUAAACUGUUGCCUUGUUUACAACCUCUCUGCUCACCUCACCACUCCUUAUUCUUUGGAACCCUGUCUCAUAAGCCGUUUUUGGGUCCGGAUUUUCUCCGCAGUUUGUCUUUCACACAUGCACAACGCAGCGGGAGGUUCUCUGCUCUGACACGUUCACGACAGCAACAAAUCCUCCGUAUUAUUCAGUCGAGAGGUGGAGCAGUC